UUGUAGGAAGCCUUUUAGGAAAGAUUUGACAGUUGACUACUGGUUGACAGACAGCCUACCUCAGUCCACUUUUGCGCGCAGAGUCUGACGGACCGUCACAGGUAUUUGGUUGGAGACAGGUGUGACUGGGGCUAGACCAUGCGGAAGGCAACGUGGGGACUGCUGCUGCUGCUGUUGCUGCUGCUGGCCUGUGUAGCCACCUGUGACCCAAGUGACCAGGACCAAAAUGGAGAUGAGAAGGGCCCUCGACGCAGAGGCCACGUGUCGGUGGUGGUGGUGGGUGGAACAGGCGACCUCGCUAACAAGUACCUCUGGCAAGGCUUCUUCCACCUGUACGCCACCCAGGUGGGCAAAGGCCACACCUUUGCCUUCUACGGAGGUGGUCUGUCGCCGGCCGACAAGGGCACCCCGCUCCUCUUUGAGAUCCUCAAAAGCCAGACGUGCCCUGAGGAGCUGUCGGCGGAGCGCUGCGCAUUGGUCAGGGACCAGUUCCUCCGGCUGACCCAGUACUGGCAGCUUAAGACUGAGGAGGACUACCAGACCCUGGGCAAGCACAUCGAGACUCAGCUCGGGCAGGAGGGCAUGACGGAGGCUGGACGCUUCUUCUACCUGUCCGUGCCGGCCUUCGCCUACGCCAACAUCGCCGAGCGGGUCAACCGGAGCUGCCGGCCGCCACAGAACGCCUGGCUCAGGGUGGUGCUGGAGAAGCCCUUCGGUCACGACUUGAGCAGCGCUCAGGAGCUCGCCACGCAGCUGGCUAGCUCUCUCAAAGAGGACGAGAUGUACAGAAUCGACCACUACCUCGGAAAACAGGUUGUUUCCCAGAUAUUACCAUUUAGAAAACAGAACAGGAAAUUCCUUAAGCAAAUCUGGAAUAAGCACCAUAUUGAUCGAAUGGAGAUUGUGCUCAAGGAAACACUAGAUGCCAAAGGGCGCAUCUCCUUUUAUGACCAGUAUGGAGUCAUCAGGGAUGUGAUCCAAAAUCACUUGACUGAAGUGAUGACCCUUUUGACCAUGAGAGUCCCCAAAAACCUGACGGACUGUAAAGAGAUUGAUCAGAACAAGCUCAAAAUCUUCAGCGCAUUUCAUCCGCUCGACAAGGGCAGUGCUGUCAUUGGACAGUACCAGUCUUAUAAUUCUGAAGUCCAGCUUGAACUCAACAAGACCAAAGAUCACUUGAGCCUUACCCCGACAUUUACUGGUAUUGCAGUCCACACCACUAUGCCACAGUAUGAAGGCAUCCCCAUAUUCCUGAUGUCAGGUAAACUCCUAGACGAACGGGUUGGAUAUGCCCGCAUCACUUUUAAGAACAACGUGUUCUGUGUGCAAGACCCCAACAGUGUUACGUGUAAGCAGAAGCAGAUAGUGUUUUACAUUGGCCAUGGCGCACUGGGGUACCCAGCAAUACUGGUCAGUAAGAAUCUUUUCAGGCCAGCGCUAGUGGGCAGUCGCUGGAAGGAGGUGUCCGAGGAUAAGGACACCCUUUUGUUCGGCAUGCCCCUCUCGGACUACUACAUUCAGGUACCGACGGUCCAGCGAGAGGCCUACACGGAGUUGAUCCUGCAGGUUUUCCGCGGCCGGAUGGACCACUUUGUCAGCGCCGACAGCCUCUUGGCUUCGUGGAGGUUCUGGACGCCUCUGCUGAACAGCCUGGCGCACACGUUCCCUCGGCCGUACCCCGGCGGCGCCGCCAACGGCAACCAGCUAAACUUUGAGCUGCACGGCCGCGAGGUGCGCUUCUGCACCGAGGCCCUGGUCAACGUCAUCCCCCAGGAGCGGGCCGGCGGCGAGAGCUUCCAGGUGAUGCAGGGCAAGUACCGCAGCGCGGACAUGGUGUCGGCCUGGGCCGAGGAGCUGGUGGAGCGGCUGGCCAACGACCUGCAGGAGGCGGCCGAGGAGGCGGUGCAGGAGGGCGCGCCCUUCCACCUGGCUCUGUCGGGUGGCUCCAGCCCCGUGGCGCUCUUCCGGCGCCUGACGCAGCACCACUACGCCUUCCCCUGGUGGAACACGCACGUGUGGCUGGCCGACGAGCGCUGCGUGCCGCCCUCCGAGGCCGAGUCCAACUUCCGCACGGUGCACGACCACCUGCUGCAGCACGCGCGCGUGCCUUACUUCCACGUCCACCCCAUGCCCGUGCAGCUGAACCAGCGGCUGUGUGUGGAGGAGGACGGCGGCGCGCUCGCCUACGAGCGGGACAUCACGCGCCUCGUCAACGCCUCCAGCUUCAGCUACGUCCUGCUGGGUGUGGGCUACGACGGCCACACGGCCUCGCUGUUCCCGGGGACCGCGCUGGACGCCCACGGGGAGAGGCUGGUGGCGCUAACCGAGAGCCCCGUCAAGCCGCACCAGCGCAUGAGCCUUACGUUCGCCGCCAUCAACCGCGCACGGCGGGUCAGCGUGCUGAUCAUGGGUAAGGGCAAACACGAACUGGUCACUCAGCUCAGCCGGAUCAAGGAUACGCCCGACAGAUGGCCUAUUACAAAGAUUCAGCCGGUGAGCGGAAGGCUUGUCUGGUACAUAGACUAUGACGCACUGUUAGGCCAGUGACAACAUUCCUCCCCAUGUUUUAAAUGCUGUACUGAGAAUGUUAUGGUUUUGUAAUAGGAGUGAGUUAUGUUUGCAUUUCAUUGAUUUAAUGAAAUGAUAAUGUUUUUAAUCAUUUCAAUUUCUGCACAAAGGCAAAUUUGUAACUGAGUGUAAAUGAAGUAGGGAAUGUUUGUGCAAAUGGAGAAUGUACUUAUUCAUUAAUUGUGCUCUCAAUUUGAGAAAUUUGUUCUACACUUAAUUGAACAAAUGCCAGUCACACUUUAAUGCUUAGUUUGUCUGGUCAGCAUAUACUGUUCAUAUUUCACACUCAGGAAGGGAAUGUUGGACAAAAACUGUGUACUGUGAUUUACCCAUGCUGGAUAAAGAAAUCUGUAUGUGUGAUAUUAAUGAAUAACAUGUGCCAAAUUUCUAGAACCCUUUACAAUACAAUCAGUCAGGACUAUGAAGGGACUUUACUGAUCCUAUAUUCUUGUGCUCAUAUAAUCUUUGUCAUCUUCUUGUUCUCAUAUCAUCUUGAAGGACCAAAAUGCCUGUCAUAAUCACCAGAAGCAUCCACUAUAGUACUAGUAGUAGUAUAUAGGUAUGUCAAAUUAAAUGUUCAAAAUUGAGAUGAUGGGAUUUCAAAACCAUCUAAAAUGUUUAGAGGAACACUACGAAAUGGUUAGUUGACCAAAAGCUUUCAUUAUUACUGUGGCUAUGUAAAAUGUAUUUCAUGGUUAUAAUUCCACGUUUCUCAGUUGCUAUCAUGGAAUUGGGAAUGUUUUUGAAAUACAGUGAAUUUGCUCUUGGUGCCAGAGGAAAAGUUACUGUAAUUUAAUAUGAAUGCUGUUCAUGUUACUCACAACAUGUAGAGGGAAGUGAAUAUAGUGUUGCAAAUUCUGAUUAGAUUAAUUAACUGUAAUACCUCAGAACGGUGCCUUUUGAAACAGGUAAUAGAUUGUUAUAUUUACUCAAGGCCUUAGUUUGGCGAUGAAACUUAAUGGACAAGAAUGGCCUAUUCCUCUUUGGCAGCUUGUCUUAAUCUCUGACGAUGAAUACAACAUAAUGCCGAGGUUGCUUUGAAGUGAGCUAAAACGUGCGCUGCCAUUUCUGCACAUGCACUGCUGUUUCCGUCAGCCCUUAAAGUGUAAGUUCAGUGUAAAUUGACCCAUAGCCUUGUUGUAUAAGCUCACCACAUGCAGGAAAAAGAAUGAGACAAUUUGGGACAACGUAGGCCAAGUUAUGGACAGACAGCUUAAAGCAGAUGGGUCAAUUUACACUGAACUUACACUUUAAACUUAAAAGGCCCUCAAGAGUCCUCAAAAGAAAAUGUUGAAACAAUCUAUUGUUUUUAAAGAUUUCUUAUAUAAGGGUGCUUGUUUUUGUACCUUGUAUUUCACCCUGGAAUAUAUUUUAUUGAAUACCAAGUUUGCAAUUGAUUGAAUUAAAUUUUGAUAUUUUUUUAAUUUUAUUCUUGUGAUCAGAACUUACUGUGUAGCAUUAAAGGACCAUUUUGAACAAGUAA